AUGUGGAUGGUCUGCAACAGCACUGGUGUUCCACGGCCAACAACAGAGUGGUUCUUCAUUCCGAUGAGAGGGAUGAGCCAGGAUGUUGUUCGAAUCAACGUGACUGGCCCAGUACUGAAAAUGGGAAACUUGACCACAGAAAAUGAUGGCUUUUACUUCUGUAACGUGUCGAAUUUGCGUGGUGCUGUUCAAAGUAGAAUUGCAAGACUGGACGUUUCAAGAUUCAUUCCUGGCGUGCCUAGGAUUGCUGUCAUUUUCAAGCUGAAGCAGUGUCCGUCAACACCUUCUACAGGAGACAGUAGUUCACAUUUUUGCACCGGCAGUGAAAUAGAGAAAUCUCUGCAGAAUGAUACUAUGGCUCACCAACACAUUUUUCAAAAGAUCUUGAAGCACGUGGACUGGCCGCUGGAAAAAAUACAUGAUGAGUAUUACAAACCUUUUCCAAAUGCUGUGAUCUCUUUCGUCCUUCAUGGUGACGACCCCAUCACGCGAGAAGGAAAGAAAUUCGAGGCGCUAAAUGAAUUCUCGCUCUCUAGGCAACGCAUAGGAAACAGUUUAAAGAAGCUUUAUUCUUCCCUAGUUGAUGAAAAAGUGAAGAUUCGUUGGGGUAACUUGACAAUAAUUGGCGACAAAGAUAGCCUUGUAAUGGGAUUUCCUUCUCAAAAAUGUCCAAACGGUACAAGACUCCAUCAGAAUGGUUAUCUAUGCGGUAAGGUUCAUCUUCCAUGUCAGUGAGUAGUAACAUUAUCUCUCAAUUUAAAUCAAAAUCGUUAAAUAGAAGAGAGGAAUGAAUGUUUUCCGCUUAGUUCUGAUAUCACAUUUAAGAGGGAAUUUGAUUGAUCCUCGGUUUAUCGUCUUCUAUUGAAAGACGGUACUUCAGCGAAACAGUAGGCUUUCUCUUUUGUUUAUAGCGCAUAUAUUGGUUAUUUUUGUUAAACCUUGAGGGAAAAUUUGAUGAAUGGUAAGUCUAAGACCCUUCUCAGCUAAAGGCUAACCGUUUCAGUGCACUUUCCACCUGGUCAUUAUGAAGUAGGAAACAGAACUUGCGAACCAUGCCCUGUUGGCACAUAUUAG